CCUGCCUCCCAGCAGAUGUUAAUGUAUCACGAGGGAAGCCUACGGUCGACCCUUGACCCCGGCUAGUUUCACAGGCAUCACAGUCCUUCAGUCACGCCUGGGACCGGGGAAGAACUCACAGACAUCUCCAACAGGGUCCAGAAACAAGCCGCUGUCGGGCAGUACCGCCCCUCACCACCACCACCAUGAGCACCGACGGGCACGCGGGGCCAGCUGGGAGCUGUCCAGGCCCGGGCCAGGCACCCAUCAGGACCUGGCUGCAGUCCAGUAGGAGAAGGGCCGCCGUCGCUAGCAAAGUGGUCACCGACCCGACGGCCCGUUUCCACGGGGACGGGGUUCGCUACAAGGCCAAGCUGAUCGGCAUGGACGAGGUGGUGCAGGCACGGGGCGACAAGAUGUGUCUGGACUCCAUGAUGAAGCUCAAGGGCCAGGAGGCGGCCUCCAGGAGCCAUGGGAAGCACAAGCAGAAGGUCUUGCUCAGGGUCUGCAGCGAGGGGCUGAAGAUAGUGGACGAAAAGACGGGGUGUGUGAUGUAUGAGCAUGACGCCAGAAGGAUCAGCUCUCUGAAGAGGGAUGAGAGUGACUGCAGAGCUCUGGCCUACGUCUUCCAGCACCUGGGCUCCUACACUCUGUUCUACAUCAAGAUGGCCAACAUGGCAGAUCCGGUCCUGGAUGACAUCCAGCAGGUGUGCCAGGAUCUGGACCAGGUCUCCCCAGAGAAACCCACACAGGGACCCACACAGAACAAGCCUCUUUUGUUUCUGGAUGAGAGUGAUCCCAUUCCUGCAGAGGUUCCAGCUGAUUUGGUUGAACCUACCUCCCCAACAAGACCAUUAAGAGAGGCAUUGCCUAGCAAUGAGUUGGAAGACAUAUUCACCAUCCGAUUGGACGAGCCAGCAACAGCCAAUCAGAUUGCGGCCAGCCCUCAGCAAGGAUCGCCCCAGAAAGCCCUUUCCACUGCUCAGAUCCUCUCCAACUUCCCCACUCUGCCAUCAAGGGGAUCCCCCUACUCACCCCCCACCACCAUGGGCCCCUGGGGCCUCGUGGGGCCCUUCCCCACCCUAUCCCCCCCGACGUCCCCUCAGUGGGGGGCAGGAGGUGCUCCGGCCCCUUGGCCGGGCCAGACGGGAGCCCCGGCAGCGUGGGCCCAAUCAGGCCCUGUGUGGCCCCCCAUGCAGGCCUAUGGGCCCCCACAGCAUCAGCCGCCGCCAGCGCGGGACCCCUGGGGACAGAGCGGAGGGAUGUCUGCCAGCCCGGCCCCCGCCAUCACCGCACAGCUGUACCCCGGGCCCCCCAUACCUGGAAGCCCUGUGGCCCCCGCCCCUCAACAACAACCGUCUUUCCUGUAAAAAAGGGCCCCGCUAGUCACCUGGCGGCCAUCUUGGUUGUAAACAUUAGCUGGGUGGUGGGAGGGGGGGAGGGGUGACCACGGCGCAUUCAGUUUCCAGAUGGAUGGGGGGGUCGAGUCCCCAGCUAGGGUUUGGGUUCUUGUUGGGUCUGUUGAGUGGUGUGGAGAUGAAGGAGACGGCUUCAGGUGGUUCUGUGAUGGGGGGAGAUGGAAUGGUUCAGUCUCUGUCACAGGGGAUCUUUCAGUGAGAUGAUAUUGUUGUAAAAAACUGAACGAUCUGAUGUAAUGUUUUCUCUUGUUUGCAUGAUUUUAUAUAAUUCAGCUUCUCCUGUGUGUUUUCAGGCGGAUGUGUCAUGAGCCAAUGCCAUUAAAUACUUUCGUAAUUGUAGAAAAAAA